AUGAGGCGUCCGACGACGACGUCGUCAAACCAAUACAGAAGAAUCAUACCUUUUAAUUCUUCUUCUUUAUCUUCUAUUCCUUGUUCUUAUCUAUUUCAAUAUUACUCGUUCCUAAUUCUUAUCAUAUUAUGCUCUGCUAGGGGUACUGUCACUGAGGGCGGCCAACCCCUCACCGAAUUGCUCAGCUCUCUCGAUCAACCGUAUCCUUGUGGACAUGUGGUUGAGGCUGAGCACUUUUUGAGCACCGCCGUGGCUCUCAAAUUCCCUCGGCUCAUCCAACUAGCACAUUUUUUUGCGAACCAUUCUAAGAACUUUGAUCCGCAGCUUCUGGAUAAAUCAUCGUUCCUUCCGUAUCCACCGUUUGAAGUCUCUUUCGCCAGGAGGACACAUUUCUAUGGUCUACAGUUGAAUUGUACUGGAAACAACCAUCGUUUCCUCAUAGAGGAGUUGAACUCGCGGAGAGUCGCACCAAAACGGCCAGCGUUAGCCAGUAGGCCACAGUGCCGCACCAAUGGCUUCCACGUCUCGUCUUUGUGUCUCACGACCCGAACAAUGUCAAUCGCAAAGCCUAUCUCACCCUUCAACUCGACCAAUUCGACGUGGAUAUGUGCUCCGCAGUGGAUUGCCAUACAAAAGUUAGUUUUUGUGUACAUGGACGGUGCACGGAGGUCUUCGAGUUUCAGCCAAAGCAUGCUGCAAUUCAGAAGACGUCGUUUUGUAGGACGACACAUGCUGCUAGCCUUCAAUUCAAUGUGUGCUCUCGUGUGUAUCGGACUGAUUCCAAUAGUUUGUUAUCAGAGAAAACGACAACAUGAGGCACGUGGCUGGGCUCUGAUGGAGCUGUUCCUGAUCGGCGCCUCGAUUCUCUACUCGGUCCUUUUUCUGGAUAUCGUCGCACCGCCCGAGUACGGUUGCUGCGUGGCAGUUUGGUUGAGGCAGAUUGGAUUCUCGAUUUUUUAUGGAUCGAUUGUUCUCAAGAUUUAUAGGAAUCUUCAAGAAUAUCGAGUGCGGAAGGCGCAACAUGUAUCGGUUCGAGAGCAGGAUAUGCUGAAAUAUCUAGCUGCCAUGUUGGCCCUAACCAUCACUGGUCUGAUGGCUUGGACCGUUGGCUCAUGGGGAGACACUGCUCUUUGGAGGACUGCCUGGCCGCAGUGUCUUAUGCAGGGAUGGCAUGUCAUUUGGCAUGGCUACGAACUGCUAUUCCUGCUAUAUGCAGUCCGUUUGUGUUAUAAAGCCAGGAAUAGUGACUGGUUGGAGAGAUGGCAGUUCACUGUGGCGGUAUGCUUAGAAGCUGUCAUUACAUUGAUGGCUAAUUUGAUUAGGUACUCUAUUCGAAAUUCUGGACGGGCAGACACCCUAUUCAUAGUAUCAUUUGUGCACCUGCAAUUGACAGUUUCGGUGAAUAUUGUGAUUAUUGUUGCUCCGAAAUUCUACCUAUCCAAUGGAGAGCCCAGCCGACGAUCGAUGACACUGGGAGGACACUCGGGGCGGGCGCAUCCGUCGCUGGCAAAACUCAGAGAUAAUAUUCUGAACGGAACCAUUGACUUUGCCGAAGUUCCGAUCGUUGACAUGAAUCCAGAGGAUAUUCGAGCUGAGCUGAAGCGUGUCUACACGCAACUGCGAAUGUACAAGUUGAAGAAUUUGUAUCAAGACAAUCCGCACAUUUCGAAGAAGCGGGGAGGGAAGAAAUGGAGCGAUAAGAAUACCAAAGCGACGCGACGGAUCUCGAUACCGUCGUGUUCGCCACAAGCCAAACGGAUAGAGGAGGACGAGAAGAGUGAUCUGACAGUGGAGUCGUCGCCCCAUAACAUCUAUUUGAGCAAUUUCAAAGGAGCAAAUGUGAAUAACAUUGAGCAACACAAUUCAGUUCGGGUCUAG